AUGAAAAACAGAACAGUCAUCUUAUUGUUAUUGGUUUGUAGUGCUGUUUAGGUGUUAGGGGAGCCAGUCGUAGUGUCAUAAUCAUUCACAGGAAAUGCAUUUAAUGAUGCUGAUGGUAAUUAAAUUAAUAAUAUUAUAGGUUGGGUUGUUGCUGGUGGACCAGCUCAUGUUACUGAGUGUAGUGGUACAAAAAUGUUUGGAGGCUUUGGUAAAUUUGGUGCUAGGGCAGUUGCAAGCAAAUUAUUUGAGUUGCCACCUCACUCUUUAAUAAACUUGAAGGUUUAAUUCUGGAAGUAAGAUAUAAAAUUAAUAUUUAGAAUUGAUUCAUGGGAUAAUGAAGAAGGAUACAUUUUCGUAGAUGAUUAACUAGUAUGGUCAAGAAGAUUCUAAUACAAUGAAGGUGAUGGAUAGAAAUGUGGAUAAGGUGGAGAUUGGAAAGAAAUGACACUUAAUCUUAACUUAAAUAUUAAACAUACAGGUGCAACUGCUGUAGUAGUAUUCACAUCAAAUUUGAAUGAAGCUGCCGAUAAUGUAACUUUAUAUAUCUUAUAAAAAUAGGAAUCUUGGGCUAUAAGAGAUUUUGUUUUAUCUGUUGAAAGAUGUCCAGAAGGUUGCUCAGCUUGUUAAGUUGAUGAUAAACCUGAAAAUUGUUAAUUCUGGUAAUCAUUCUCUAAUAGUUGGGGAUCUUUGGAUGCAAACUAAUUAGGUGCUGAUGGUUGGGAUGUUGCUGGUGGAUAAAAUGCUGCUACUAAUUGUGGAGGUAUAUAAUAUAAAUUAUUAAUUUAUAGGUGUUGCCUUAUUUGGUGGUUUUGAUAAAACUGGUGCAAGAAGUGUUAUAAGUAAAGUCUUAAAAGUUAACCCUCAUUACAAAUUAAAGAUUAAAGUACUUUGGGCUAAAAUUGACUCUUGGGACAAUGAAGCUGCUUAAAUCAAAGUUGAUGGAAAAUUAGUUUGGGAAAGAAGAUUCUAAUGGCAUGAAGGUUACUUUGGUAAGAUCUGUGGAUGUCCUGUCUUUGAAUGGAAAACAAUUUUUGCUAGAACUGAAGUUGAUGUUGAUCACACUGGUGACUAAGCUAAAGUUGAAUUCACUACAACCUUAGAUGAGGCUCCAAAUAAUGAAUCAUAUGGUUUGAGAGAUUUAUACAUCUUCUAUGCAUCCUGCUCUGAAAAUUGUGCUGAAUGUACAGGACCAAAAGAUUCUGAUUGCAAAAGUAUUAUAAUUAAUUAUCAUCAUUAGAAUGUGCUAAUAAUUGGGCUUUAGUUGGAGGAAAAUGUUAAGCUUUACCAAACUUCAUUCUUUUAGAAUAAUCCUUUUUGGAAGAUAAAUUUACAGGAAUCAAUGGAUGGGUUCUUAAUAGAAACAAAGGAGGAAAAUAAAUUAAUGAAUGCGGUGGAAAAUCAAUGGUUGGAGGUUUUGAUAUUAUGGGAGUUGGUGCUAGUGCCACUAAAACAUUUGAUAUCCCACCACACAAAAGACUUAGACUUUAAUCCACAAUCUACAAAAUUGACUCUUGGGAUGGAGAAUUUAUGAUUAUCAAGGUUGAUGGAACUGAAGUAUGGAAGACUUCAUGGAAUCUUUAAACUGGAGGUGCUAACUUCUGUGGAUAAGGAAUUUGGUUUGAUGGUAUUGUAGGAGUUGAUUAAAUCUUUAAUCAUUAAGCACCAAAAGCUGAAGUUGUAUUCACAUCAACUUUAGAUUAAGAUGCUAUUGAUGGUAUUUUUUAAUAAUAUAUUAUUUAGAAUCAUGGGGUUUCAGAGAUUUCAAAUUAUGGUAUGAACCAAAAGAAGCAUGUGCUAUUUUCUAUAGCGAAUGUGAUUAUAAAGGAGCUUCAUUUGAAUUCUGUUCCAAAUCUCCCGAUUUCUAAAAGGACAAUAUUCCACCAUAAAUCAGAUCUAUUAGAGUUCCACCAUAAGGAAGAGUAACUUUAUAUGAAAGCACUGAUUACAAUGGAAAGAAGGUUACUUAUACCUCUGAUUAAGCUUGCAUUCAAAACUUUGAUGUAAAUAUUUAACAUUAUCAAUAUAGUUUUCAUUGAUUUAAAUGAGUGGAAAUGUUGAAGGAGGAUGGAUUGAAGUUGAACAAUGAUU